UGCAGCCGCUAACUGUGCCGCUGUCUGACGAUGGUAGACCGGAGAGGCGGAUGGUCAGGGCCGUCCCCAGCUAACCCGAGAAUGCAACUGUAACUUUGCGUCUGCCCUUGAUUCGUGCCGAACCUGGGUGCACGUCUGUUUAGCUUUAGACACCGGUGUAAGCUUAUUUCUUUGAGUUAUGGAGGACGAAUGUGUGUGUGAGUACGACUCGACCUGGGACACAGAGAGUGAUGGAGACGACCCGGCCGGAGAGAGCCAAAGCCGACGGUCAAGUCAAGACAAAAACAAAUCCUCCUGGACGCUAGUAACUUGGCAUCACACACCCAGAAAUAUGAGGGCAGCAAAGGACAUGCAGAACUACAGAAGAGGAUACCCUAAUCUAACAGAUGAUGAGUGCUCAGAAGACAAAAUGAACAACUUGCAGUUUUAUCUCAAUAAAUAUCCUUCUGCUCCUGAUGAUGUCUACAUUGAUUCGUUUCUUAAGGAAUGGAAAACAGACUACAAAAGACUGGAGAGGGUUCACUCAUACAUUCAGUGGCUUUUUCCACUGCGGGAACCAGGGGUGAAUUACAUGGCUUCAGAACUCACCAAGAAGGAGAUUGAGGCCUUCAAGAAGAACGAAGAUGCCAAAAAGAGACUUGUGGAGUCCUAUGAGCUUAUGUUGGGCUUUUAUGGAAUCCGUUUAGUCAACAAAGACACAGGGGAGGUGAAACGUGCAGAAAAUUGGAAGGAACGCUUUGGAAAUCUUGAGAGGAAUAUGCACAACAAUCUACGCAUCACUCGCAUCCUCAAGAGCCUGGGAGAGCUGGGCUUUGAGCACUAUCAAGCCCCACUCGUACGCUUCUUUUUGGAAGAGACUUUGGUCAAGAAGACCCUUAGCAGUGUUAAAAGAAGCGUGCUUGACUACUUUCUAUUUGCUGUCUUGGAUAAGCAUAAACGACAAGAGCUUGUGCGCUUUGCCUACCUUCAUUUUGAGCCAAAGGAUAAGUUUGUGUGGUGUCCCAGAAAGAUUCAGAAACAAUUCAAAAAGGCAGAGAGAAAAUCGGAAACCGUUGGGAAUGGAGAUGGCAAAGAUGAAGCGCACUCACGGGCGAAGAGCAAAGACGGUGAAACGGUUGUACAACAAAAAGAAGACGGAUCAGAUAAUGUUGCCAAGACCCAGAAAGGAACUGAUAAAACAGCAAGUAGAGACAAAAACAAACAAUCAGAAACAUCCCCCGAGCCAAAACUAGGAGCAGAGACUAUCGAAAACGGAAGUACAGGCUUAGAGUCUAAUAAUGACGUAUUGGGGAAUGGAAACGAUUGUACAGAUGAUGAUGAUGAAAUGGAUCAGUCGCCCAGCAGUGACACUGUGGCAGCAAAAACCGAAACCAGCGCGGACCACGGCAGCCAGAAGGACGCCAUCCAGGAACCAGAUAACAUUAUGCAAACAGAUGGGGACAGUGACAGUAAAAAACCACCGAAGAAGAAGAGAGAAGAUAACGAGCUGCCAAGCAAUGGCUCCAGUGGGGACUUUGCCGGCGGACAGAUGGAGGAAAGAGCCGGGGCUAAUAAAGCUGCUGGUCAGCCGAGCCAGACGGCGCAGACCCCACUUAAGACUGCCAAACACUCACCUUCUCUUUCUUCGGGAAGAGAGGAAAAAAUCCCAAGGACCGACUAUAAUCCAGUGCCAGAUACAAAGGAUGAAGAUGAGACGUCUCAGGAGCAUGUGUCGGCGUCGAACGGGACAAUGAUGAGCACCGACAAAGAUGCGGAUGAACAGACUAAUAAUGGAAAAGACGUGGAGGCGAUGGAUAUGGAUUCAGACCCCAUAGGCACUGACCAGAACACGGGGAACUCAGUGAACUCUAAAGAAGUGGAUGAUGGAGGAAAUAAAUAAAUAGAAUAAUUAAAUGUACUAUAGGGACAAAGUAUGAGACCUUCUGGGCCUUAUUUCUACUAUAUUUGAUGUUUAGAUAUUCAUUCUUUUCACUUUGAAGGACCCUAUAAAAACACUGAAUGCAGGACUGGAUGUGACUCAAUUUCUACAUGGCCAAUAAGACGAUAUUAAGGUAAUAACGACUAAAGCUGUCAGCGACUGAUAUUUAACAUAGUUAUAGAAUACAUAAAGCACUUAUUCAUAAUGUAUAUCGAUUACAGUUGUAGAAUUAAAGGAGUUCCGCAUUUUUAGACUUGAUACUUUCAGACCUGAACAGUUUUUUGCACUUGAGAAGAAUCAGAGAGAGGAGCUUUUGUCUUCUCUUGAGAUGUUUUUGUGAGUUAAAAACAUUCUGUACUAGUGUGUGUUUCUGCUGGACCCCGUCUUCAAAUGGUUUUAAGACUGAAUGUCACUUAAGUUGUUUUUCAAUGUUGCACAAUCUGUGUUCUUUGUGCAGAUUUGGGAAGUAGACCUUUCAACAACAGAAAGCCUCGCCAAAAAAUGUGAUUGACUGGUUGAUUGUAAAAAAAAAAAAUGUUUUUUGUUCACCACAGGACUGAAAAAAAGCUUUGGCUGUAAUUUUUUUAAGCCUGCUGUAUGUUAAUUUAAGGUGGGAGUAGCCCUCGACAACUUACGGGCCAAGGUGAUAUAUUGGUCUUAAAAAUUCAUGAUGCAUUGUUUUUUUGUAAUUGCACUUAAUUUUCACUUCUCAAUGUUGAAGUUGUGGUAUUUAAAUAAUGAAAAGGUAAUAACUUUACAAAAAGUGCUUAAUUCUUUAUAUGACCUUUUCUUGACUAAAUAACUGGCUGUUGACAAAGAAUAAAAGUUCUACUAUUUUUCUGA